AUGAGCUCGCCGAAGAAGACCGCCGCUGAAGCAGAGGGGAACACCUCCCCCGGGAUAGAGACUCUCUCUAUCCCCAAGUACCGCAAGCGUCUCAACGCAAAGCUCAACGACGCUGUUGACUACGGAGACGGCGACGUGGAGGUGGAAGAGGGCGAGGCCUCUUCUAGCAAGCGCAAGGAGUCUAUCGACAGCGAUAGUCUCGGCCCGCAUGCCGGGUCGAGACUAUCAACGAAUACGAUAACGAACCGGCUGCCGGCGGCGGUGGUGGGAACACGCCCCGGGUAUGGUCAACCUGGGGUUGACCUUGGCCCGACGCUCGAGGAGCGGGUCGCUGCUGUGGAACAGCAUCAGAGCCGGGAGUUCGCCGCGCUGAAACAGGAGGACAUCUCUGUCGACGUGGGAGGUCGCGUCUCGCGCUUGGCCCAGCGCGUUCAUGCGCUGGAGCAGAGGUUCGCUCCCGCUGGGGCUUCUGCUUCGGUUCAGCAGAGCUAG